UUGCAAAUGAAAUGGGAAAUGAAAAGUUCUUAACUACUUUUUUAUAUUCAGUUAAACUAUAAUACUUGAUUUAAACUAUGUUGUAAAUAAGUUACUUUAUUUAUAAUUUGACUAUUUAUUCAUGGAAGAGUUGAAAUCAAGACAAAAAUAUUUUAAUUGAAAAUGUCCAAUUUACGCCCUUGUGUUACGUACACCUAGGCUAAAGAGGAGGAUGGAAAUGUUAAAAUAAUGCCUUAAGCCAUCCAAUAUAAGACUAUGAAUGAAACACAGCUUUUAGAAAGAAGCUGUGUUGUUGAUGGCAGCAUCACAAUGCCGGCUUCAGAGAAAAAAGCCAGCACACAUUGGAAAGAGUUUGCUUGUGGUGGAGGUUCAGCGUUUUGCAAUAUUCUGAUUAGCUAUCCACUUAAUAAACUUAUAUUUAGACAGAUGAUGCAUGGAGUGGAAGCAACAUUGGCAUUAAAUCAAUUGCAAAAGGAGGGAUUAACAUAUUUAUAUCGAGGAAUGCUUCCCCCACUACUACAGAGGUCAUUCUCUAUGUCUCUAAUGUUUGGUGUAUAUGAUGAGUGCCUCCAACCCUUGCUGCAUCACAAAGUCAACCCUUAUGUCGCCAAAUCUAUAGCCGGAAUGGUGGCAGGAUGCUUUGAAGCCACACUAAUGCCAUUUGAGAGACUACAAACACUGUUAAUUCAUCCCAAAUUCCAUAAGGAGUUCAAAAAUACUGCUCAUGCCGGCCGUCAUAUUGCCAAAUAUUAUGGUAUUAAAGAAUUUUAUAGAGGACUUGUACCAAUUCUCUUCAGAAAUGGCCCUUCUAAUGCGUUGUUCUUUAUCAUUAGAGAUGAAGUGCAAUUACGGAUGCCACGGCAAGAGUAUAUUGUGUAUGAAAGCUUACAAAAUUUCUUAGCGGGAGCUUCGAUUGGUGCAUUCCUCAGUACAUUAUUUUAUCCCUUGAAUGUUAUAAAAAUAGCUAUGCAAUGUGAACUAGGUGGUCCGCAUAGAACAAUAACAUAUGAGUUCAAAUAUAUAUUACAUAAACGAGGAUCAAAAUUUGCUAAUUUCUAUCAUGGAGCCCUCCUUAAUAUAUCAAGAGCAUUUUUAAUUUCACAGCGACCUAAAUACCGAGAAGACUAUAGAUUCGAGAAAGCUUUCAAUUCUUUCUACAAACUGCACUCUGCGGCCAAUUGGAGCAACGCUCGCAUUCGCUGCGAAGCUGAGGGUUCCCACCUGAUGGUGCCCGACACCCUUGACGAGGCGGACGCCAUGCCGCUCCUCAUUGCGUCCGCACUUACGACCUUUGAAGGGGUCUACGUCGGUAUACAUGACUUUUACACGGAAAGAUACUUUGUUACGAUAAAAGGUUUCAAGUUGCGGGAUUCCAUUUUGGAUUUAUUAUGGGAGUCAGAACAACCUGUGUAUGGUGGCGGUAGAUGUGUUGCGAUGCGACGAAAUGGAAGAUUCUAUGUCAACCCUUGCACAAAUCGACUACCGUUUAUAUGUAAAUCGAAAGCAAAACGGGUCUCUUACUAUGAAGAGUGCGAUACGUUUGAUUCACGGUGGAAACUGGGUAACAACGGUUCGUGCUACAUAACCCACGCGGAGCCGCAGACGUGGCACGAGGCGCACGGCACCUGCCUCUCCGCAGGCGGGUACCUCGCCAUACUCGACACUAGAGACGAGGCUGAGUACAUACGAGAGCAGUUCAAAGAAGUAGACCAGGUCAAGACACCCGGGGACUUCGCAUUUUUGGGUUUCAGUGAUCUCUUCCAGGCAUAUCAUUACAGAACUGUGCAUGGGAAGCCUCUAAGCCGUUUCUUGGACUGGGAUUUGAAGUGCCCACAGUCGGAUGACGCAGAAUCCAACGGAGACCGAUGCGGCGGCAUUCGACGCAGCGGCCUACUCGCCACAGCUGACUGCACAGUCCCUGCCAUUUUCUUUUGUGAAAAACCCGCCAAAGGCACAUAUCAAUUUAAGAGUCUCCGUCAUAAUGACUUACAUAAGCAUCAUAAACAUAUUAAGCAAGAAAUAAAAGUUGAGGAAAAAAGUUAUUUGCUUUAUGUAUUAUUCUUUUACGUAUGGUUUCGGGAAAUCAAAACUAUAUAA